AUGCCGGGGGGUCCACCGCCUCCCCCUCGAAUCCGAAAUCCCCCAAGGAAAUUUCCACCGUUGGAGCAAAGACCACCACCGCCCCUUAAACCGAGCAAUCCACCACCGCUGAAGCCACCGCCGCUUGAGCCCAGCCCUCCACCGCCUGACUUUCCAUCGGUGCCACGACACCCACCCAGCCCGCCGCCACCCAAGCCGCCGCCACCCAGCCCGCCGCCGCCCAGCCCGCCACCACCCAGUCCACCACCACCCCAACCGCCGCCACCAAGCCCACCACCUCCGAAACCUCCACCACCAAGCCCUCGUCCCCCGAGCCCUCGCCCUCCGAAGCCCCCCCGGCCCUCGCCACCACCCUCACCAUCUCCACCAUCACCGCUCAGCCCUCCACCGCCCCCUCCACCUCCACCGCCCCCACCUCCAUCGCCCCGCCCGCCAUCUCCCAGCCCGCCACCACCAAGUCCCCGUCCUCCAAAGCCAAGCCCCAACCCACCCCAGCCCCCACCUCCUAAUCCACCCCCACCGCCACCCAGCCCGCCACCUCCCAGCCCACCGCCACCUCCCAGCCCACCGCCGCCCAACCCACCACCACCCAGCCCGCCACCGCCCAACCCACCACCACCCAGCCCACCGCCACCCUGCCCCCCACCACCCAGCCCCCCACCACCCGAACCGCCCCCACCCAGCCCACCACCACCCAGCCCGCCACCACCCAGCCCACCACCACCCAGUCCGCCACCUCCUAGCCCGCCACCACCGAGCCCACCGCCGCCCAGCCCACCGCCGCCAGUCCCGCCCCAGCCUCCCAGUCCAUUCCUUGAACCAUCGCCACCAAGUCCCCGACCCCCCCGACCGCCGCCACGGCCGCCGCCAUUUGCGACGCCCAAUGUAAGGGCCGGAGCUUCGUGCAUUAAAGUGCUCAUCAUGGGGACGCCCUAG